AUGACUAAUGAGAUAAAAUUAAAUUAUUGGGAAAAUCUUAGUGUACCUGGUCCAAAACCAGUGCCAAUAUUUGGUAAUUUUACUAAAUUGUUUUUGAAAAAAUUAACAGCUGGUCAAGUGAUUCAAAAUAUAUAUACAAAAUGGAAACAUGAAGCAUUUGUUGGAGUUUACAAAGGUCACAGCCCUCAGUUAAUAAUCAAUGAUCUUGAUUUAAUAAAAACAAUAUUAAUCAAAGAUUUUGAUACAUUCAAUGGACGUGGUAUUGUGGUGAAUGAAAUGACUGAUCCUCUAACAGCACAUUUAUUUAAUAUUGAUGGACCAAGAUGGAAAUUCAUACGUGCUAAACUAACACCAUUAUUUACAGCUGGAAAAUUAAAACACAUGAUUGAAUUGAUGGUAGAAUGUGCUGAUCAUUUUGAAAUAUAUUUAUCAAAUCAAUUGAAAAAAUCAAAUGUCAUUGAUUGUCGAGAAGUUGCUGCGAAAUUUACAACUGAUGUCAUAGGUUCUUGUGCAUUUGGAAUAAAUAUGAAUGCAUUGUCAAAUGAUGAAAGUGAAUUUCGUAAAGUUGGUAGAAAAGUAUUGGAAUCAAAUUUUAAUAGGAUGGCAAAACUUUUAUUAAGAGAAAUUUCACCGUGGUUAUUUACAUCUUUAAAAAUAAUUGAUGUUAGAAAAAAUAAUAAUAUUGUUAGAAAUGAUUUAAUUGAUUUAUUUAUUAAUAUUAAGAAAACAGAGAAUAAUAAUGAAAUUCAAUUUACUGAUAGUCUAAUGACGGCUCAGGCAUUUGUAUUUUUUGUUGGAGGUUUUGAGACUAGUAGUCUUUCAAUUUCAAUGUCACUUUAUGAACUUGCUAUUGAGCCAAAGGUUCAGGAAAAAUUAAGAAGUGAAAUUAUUGAAACAUUGAAAAAUAAUGAUGGAAAAUUAAGUUAUGAUACUAUUAACAGUAUGAAAUAUCUCGACAUGGUAAUGCAAGAAACCCUGAGAAAAAAUCCACCAAUUUUAACGCUCAUUAGGAGAGCUUGUAGAUCAUAUAAAAUACCGGAAACAAAUACGACAAUUGAAAAAGGAACGAACGUUAAUAUACCAGUUUAUGCUAUUCAUCAUGAUCCAAGCUAUUAUCCAAGUCCAGAAAAAUUUGAUCCUGAACGUUUUACUGAUAGUGCCAAGGCCCAGAGACAUCCUAUGACACUUUUAGCUUUUGGGGAUGGUCCUAAAAAUUGCAUAGGACUUCGGUUUGCUCAUUAUCAAGUUAAACUGGGUAUUAUUAAAGUUUUAAAAAAUUAUAGAGUCAAACCAUCAAAGUCAACAGUGGUACCAUAUGAAAUUGAUAAAGGCUCAUUUUUUUUAUCUCCAAAAAAUGGUAUUCAUCUUGUCUUUGAACCAAUUUAAUCUAAGAAUAAAAUAAUAUUACUAGUACAUUAUAAAAUGUAACUAAAUAAACAAAUAUAAAUAUAAAUUUUUCAUAUAUGUUUUAAUAGUUAUUUUAUUUAUCUCUUUUUUUUCAAAUUUUAAAUUAUAUACAUAUAUAUUUAUUGAUAAAUGUUGUUAUUAGAUAUUAGGCUUAUUUAUUUAUAAGUGUCUAUUUGUAACUCUUUUUCUCUUUUAAAUAUAGUGAAACAAAAAUAAAGUUGGUGUUGAAAACA